UUCUUGUUCAUAGGGAACCCGGUCUAUUUCAAGCGAACAUACUUGUCUGUUUUUUCUUCCUUCUUCUUCAGCUGAGUCGAGUGGAGUGCAACUGUCUCGUCUUGACUAAGUCAUUUCCCUAAAUCUAAACCCACUCUUGUGUUAUUAAAAGAGUUCAUUCUCAUUCCCGCGCCAUAUCACAGAAGAAACAACGUUGAAUCCAAAAAUGGCACGACCAAAAACGAAGAAGAAAACACGCAGCGACGAAGAAGCCGACGCAACAAACCCAGAAACCAUAGAACGCAAGAGACUCAAAUCCUUAGCAUUUUCAAACAACGUGCUUUCAGAAACCAAAGCUAGAAGUUCAAUUCACCUUAAUCCUUCUUCCAUUGUUGCUAAACAUCAUGGUAAAGAUAUUAUUAAGAAGUCUCAGAGGAAGAGUAGUAGAUACCUUUUCUCGUUUCCUGGUUUGUUUGCUCCUAUUGGUGGUGGGAAGAUUGGUGAUCUUAAGGAUUUGGGAACCAAAAAUCCAAUUCUUUACCUCGAUUUCCCUCAGGGUCGAAUGAAGUUAUUUGGGACUAUCUUGUAUCCAAAGAAUAGGUACUUGACUCUACAAUUCUCCAAAGGUGGAAAGAGCGUGAUGUGUGAGGAUUAUUUUGAUAACAUGAUUGUAUUUUCGGAUGCAUGGUGGAUUGGGACGAAAGACGAGAACCCAGAAGAAGCCAAACUGGAAUUUCCCAAGGAACUGUAUGAGGGAAAACAAACUGAACACGACUUUAAAGGGGGUGCAGGUGCAGGUGCAGGUGCAGGUGCAGCUUCCGUAGUUAAUCAUGGUGUUUCCAAAACCAAAAUAAAACGUCCAGAGCCAGAGUCACCAGAAACACCUCUUGAAGAAGAUCUAUCAGACAGUGAAAUCGAAUUAAAGGAUACAACAGAGUUGGUUCCAGUUCGCCAGUCAGCGAGAACUGUAAAGAAAUCAUACAAAUUUGCAGAAAUUUCUUCUGGUGAUGAUUCUGGUAAAAGCAGCCCCGACCUUUCUGAACAUGAAGAAAAAGCGGUAGAAGUUGAUACUGAUGCAAAUGAUCAUACUAGCUCAAAGAAAGAAACUGCAGUUAUUGACAUUGACGAUGAGGAUGAUGCUCCAAAAGAUCAACUCCCUGUGGAAAAUAAAGAACCUGCUUCAGUGUCAAAAGCUAAAAAAGGGUUACUUGUGCAGGCUACUAUAUCCUCAUUAUUCAAGAAAGUGGAAGUAAAGAAGGCUGCAGCCAAUCCAAAGAAAUCUCCAUCAUCAAAAGCUUCUGGCCAGAAAUCGCAGCCUGCUGGUUCGAAAAGAAAGAUUGAACUGGAUGAAGGACCCAAGAAAAGGGCAAGAAAGACCAAGGACAAAAAUCCAGGUGAAAAAAAGAAGGCAAAAAGCAAGGAUAGUGAGGUUGAAGACGAUGAUGACAUUGAAGAGUUUUCAAACGCUUCAGAGGAUUCUGACGAAGAUUGGGCUGCUUGAGAAUGUGAUCUAGGUUGUGACUACUAAGCACAAAGAUGACAAAGCUUUGCAUAGACACAACCUUCAUGCAUGCAUAUAUGAAUGAGAGAAGAUAUUCCAUGGUUUUAUGAUGGGGAAAGAAUGAAAGUUUAUCAAUGUUUACGAAACUCGAUCUUUAUCUCACAUAUGAUGGUUCAGUUGAUUUGGUGAUAUACUUUCGAUUAUCUUGUGGAGAGUCAAAUGCACGCUACUCUCAAGAACUUGUUUGAUUAAUACUUCAUUAGAUAGCAUCCUUGAAUUUUGAUAAAUUGAUCUCAUAAUUUAGUCUCCAUAACUGCGCAUGAAAAAUACACGGUAUAUUUUAAAAUAUACUGAUUGCCUGAAGUUAUAUGUAAUGUCUUGUAAUUUUUUCAAAGGGUGCAAAAUUUGUAAUAGUUAGGUUUGAUUCAUAUAAAUUAGUCAUGUCUUGGACAAUUGUGAGCUUAUGAAUUCCUUUGCAUAUAA